AUGGCACCGGUCAUCUCGGUUCCUGCUCGAGAGCCUUCCCCGACUUUGGUGGAUUUCUGCUCGGCCAGCUCGGGUGCUGCGGGCGCGGCAUUCAGCACACUUAUAAUGUACCCUCUGGAUACAGUCAAGACUCGACUGAACGUGGGAGUGGAUGAAAAUGGGCAGCCCUACGAUAAGGGUUCGUUGGAGGUCCUCAUCCGUACUGUGCGGUCUGGCGGAAUCCCUGCGCUCUAUCGUGGGUUGACGGCGAAGCUCUUCCACAGUGUGCUGCAGAAGUUUGUCUACUUCUAUAUGUACAGCGCCCUAAUUAGAGUUUAUCGUAAGGAGGGGAAGCUGUCGGUGUCGGCCAAUCUGGUUUUGGGGUACCUAGCAGCUCUUGGGAGCGUCUUUGUGACAACACCUGUUGAGAUAGUCCAGACUAGGCAGCAGGUGGGCAAAACAGAGGGGCAUUUCCUGCGUCAUCUCACCCGAAUUGCUCUCAAUGAGCCGAUGGACCUGUACGCUCAUCGAGAGGCUUUCGUUCGAUAUCAUCGUCGGUGCAGAUACUCCGGAAUCGGCUCCAAUAUUAUACUAUGUGUGAAUCCCGCCAUUGAGUACACUACUUUCGACCAGCUCAAGAGGCCCUUCCUCAGAGGACGGUAUUUGCGGCUCUUUACUGCCUUUCCCAUCGCUCGGUCGUGUAGGUCUAAUCUCACGUCGAUGGAAGCGUUCUGGUUGGGAGCUGUUGCUAAGGCAGUCGCGACUGUCUGCACAUUCCCAUAUGUUAGAGUGAAGGUGUUGCAGCAGACUAAAGGUCAGACGAGUGACUCCUCUGAAACGGGGCCGAAAAAGCUACUUAGAGACAUGUGGAAUGACGGAGAUGGAAGACUCGCUGGUCUUUACAAGGGAAUGAGCCCGCAGUUAUAUAAAGGAGUGCUGACGGCGGCGUUGAUGUUGAUGGCAAAGGAGAAAAUAGAUCAGAGUAUGAGGAAGAUCAUCUUGAGACGUUAA